AUGAGACUUGAGGAAUUGAGCUCCCAAGCUUGGACCCAACCAGACCCUUAUCUAGAGCAAUCGUACAAUCAACAGUUUUUGGUGAGAUUCUUUUUCGAUGAUAUAUGCGGGGUCAUGCUCACCAAUAACGUCAAAAUAUAUUUUCGCAAAGAGAGAGAAGCUGAUUCCAUCAUGGAGGGAACCCAUCUGAUCACGGUUAGCGACGAAUCCUCUGAAUAUCGAGCAACAGUGUUAUCUUUACCUAUUGGACAGAACAUCGCCCUACAGGACAGGGUGCAGCGAUUCACCAAUGCGUUACUUGCUGCAGAUCCUCCUAUCGAGGGUUUAGAUGAGACGAUCAUCAUCGAACCUGCACGCCUACAUAUCACGUUAGGACUCUUGCAUUUGGAGAAAUCCAAUGACACAAAUGCGGCGGAUCAAGAAGACACCAAAACAGUACAACAGGCACUGGAUCUUCUCAACAGUCUUCGAUCCGAAGUAGUCAGAAUAGUCAAGGGAACUGAAGUUUCGGAGCCGGGAGGAAAUGGCGCUAAUGAGACGGGGGGUAUACCUGUCAAUCUGGAUACGAUGGGGACACUAAAAAAAGACAAGAAUGAUACCGCCCAUAUACUGUGGAUUGGACCUGAGCCGAGCUCUGGACCUGACCAAACUAUAUUGGAACGAGUCGCCACAAUCGUCCACGACACUUUCAAGGAGGAGGGAUUCAUCGCUGACAAUCGAUCUUUAAAGCCGUACAAGGCUUUGGACCCUGCCACACAAGAUUCACCUGCUCCAAGUAGCCAAAGCCCAACGUCUCAAAGGCCCAAUUUCGGCACAUGUUUUGUGGAUGAAAUUCAAUUAUGUGCCGCGAGUCCUAUAGAUCCCGAAACUGGGACCUAUACUGUAGUUGGAAGCAUCAAG